UUCUAGCCCGUUCAUCUACCUCCUCUAUACGUCACUUGCCUGCAGCAAAUGGGAUUGGCAUACCUUAUAUACUUAUCUUGUCGAGCUGCGAGACACGGGUUUGCGUUAUCACUGUUAUCAGGAUAACCUAACAAUGAAGCUGCGUUCAGGGCCUGAAAAUUUUCAUCUUGAAACUUUGGGGGAAGGCAGGAGCAAUGGCGAGGAGGUAGAUGCUGAGUCGGAGACGGGGAACUCGAACAACCCCUUUGAGAACGGGGGAAGAACAAGGCUGCGUCGGAGGUCUCUGGAGCGCAUCAUCAACGACCUGCCAUCGCACAACACAGUGGCCAUCCUGACGAGCGACGACACGGUGCGCAAGUACCGCACCACGAAGAGGCGCGGUGCACAGCAGGCGGGUGGGCCCGAGGCACAGGUGGACCAGAUCCUCGGGGAGAUGGAGAGCGACCCGUUGCUCAUGAAGGACAACCCCUUCUCGGAGCAGCUGAGGAUGGAGACGCUGCGAGAGAUUCCAGAGCCUCUGACCUUGAAGCGCUCCAUCAGGAAGCAGCUUGUGAAGUCGGUAUGCCAGAAGUCGUCCAGCCACCCGCUAGGUCUGGGCAAGCGCCUCAAGUAUCGCCUGGCAAUGUUCUGCAUGAAGGUCUGGCUGGCGGUUAAGACCGUGCUGCUGAGCUGGGAGCUGUGGUACGGCAGCCUGAAGGUGAUAGAGGGCCACUUCGGCAGCAGCGUGGCCACGUACUUCCGCUUCCUGAGCUCCUUGCUGCUCCUCAACUGCACGGCGCUGGUGCUCAGUUUUGGGUUCAUAGUGGUUCCUCAAAUGUUGUUCCGCUUCUACGAGCCAUUCCCUAGCACCAACACCACUGCUGGCGCCAACAUAACCACUGGUGCCAACAUUACCACUGGCAGCAGUGUCACGUACAGCUCUCAGCCUUCUAACAGUUCUUCAUCUAUUACAGAUGCGUUCCCUACGAGUGUUCUGCCACAGAGUUACACGCCGAAGCUGAGGUCAGAACCAUACGCCAUCAAUACUGAGUUCAGUUUCAGCAACUUAAUCACAGGAGAGGGCUUCUUCACCAACACGACACUGUUCUACGGCUACUACACCAACAGGGACGUACAGCUGGUACGCUCAGCCUCCUACAGCAUGCCCAGAGCGUACUUCUUCACCAUGCUCAUCUGCUACCUUGUCAUCUUCGUCUCCCUGUCCUUCAGCGUUGCCACGUCGUACCGCAAGAGUUUCAUCGAGACUGCAGGCGGGCUGAAGAACGAGUUUGCACACAAGGUGUUCUGCGGCUGGAACUUCAGCAUUGCGACGGAACAAGCAGCCGCCCUUAAGAGCAGCAACAUCCUGGUCGAGCUGAAGGAGCUGCUGGCUGAACAGGCGCGAGAGGAGCGACACGUCUCCUGCCUGGCGCGGUUCUCCACGCUGUGCAUCCGUCUGACGCUCCACGUGCUGUCCCUGGUGCUGCUGGGCGGAGCCGGGCUGCUGGUCUGGUUCCUGCAGGGUGGCGCCUCGCUCGUCGCCUUGCCGCUGGCCGUCACGCUGCUCGUGAUGCUGGGGCCCGUGUGCUUCUCCUGGAUCACCAGGUUUGAAGAAUAUCGCAGCCCUCGGACAGAUCUGUACAUUACACUGUUGCGAACAUUUCUCCUGAAAGUGGUGAUUGUUGGUGUCCUGUUUUAUUUCUGGCUGCAACAUGCUAGUGAAAAGGGCAGCUGCUGGGAGACGUCGCUGGGGCAGGAGGUGUACCGUCUCAUCGUAGUCGACUUCCUCGUUUCAGUUAUCGGCACCUUCCUGGCUGAGUUUGCCCGCUCCUGCAUUUAUAGGUUUUGGAGAGCGGUGGGCGCCCCAGAGUUCGACGUUGCUCGCAACACACUGAACCUCAUCUACAAUCAGACGUUGUUCUUUGUUGGGUUUUACUUCAGCCCCAUGCUGUCCGCCGUCGUCGUCUGCAAGAUGUACGUCAUGUUUUAUGUCCGUAAGGUGGGAGCGCUGAAGAGCUGCGUGCCCUCGCAUCGCUCGUGGCGUGCUGCGCAGACACACACGCUCUUCCUCUGCCUGGCGUUCCUCUCUCUGCUCGGAGUCUUCAUUCUCCACGGCUACAUCGUCACCAGAGUGCAGACGUCGCAGACAUGUGGUCCGUUCAGGGACUACGACUACAUGUACGAGAUGAUCCUCACUGGCGUGCUGGACCUGAAGCAGGACAGCAUCUUCUGGAACAUCGUGUUCUUCCUGGUGCGGCCGGGCGUGUUGGCCUUGCUGCUGGUCGCGCUCAGCGUGGCCACCUACUACAUGCGGGCCAAGGCGCGCGCUCACGCCCACAUGGUGGCCAUACUGCGGGACAUCCUGCAGACGGAGGCCAAGGACAAGGACUUCCUGCUGUCGUGCAUCUCGCAGUCCGGUUCGAGCUCCCUGCCCUUGAUUACGACUGUCCACAGGAAUUUGCAAAGAAGCGAAAAAUAGUAUUUUAUUUUUAAAGUAUAUUUUGUGUUAUUAUUUUUAUUAUAUAUAUUUUACUUUUUGUUUGUUUCAAUUCUCUUGUGUCAUAUUUAAUAAGACAAUUUUUGGAACAUUAUAACUUAUAAUUUUUAUUAGAUAAAUCAACUAAUUUUAAUGUUAUUGUCUAAUUCAAAAGUUUUUUCCUAUUAUUUGAUUUUUUUAUGUUUUUAUAUGUGUUUUUAUGUGGAAUAUUUUUUUAAAAUUUUUGCUUAGAUAUGUAAAUCAAAAUCUUAUUAGGGCAUUAUCUUGGAAUGAAUCCAUAAUGUUGGUGUGUAAAAAUGUUGGUUAGUCACUUUCCUCAAAUGUAUUAUAUUGUGUGCCAUAUCAUAAUAAAAAACUUUAUUUUAAAUGUUAUUUGUGAA